AUGACAUCUCUCUCCUUCUCCCUCGGCGGCUCUUCUUCGAAACCCUCUUCACGACCCUCACCCCCACCCACAAAAAGAGCAAACGGCACCAAACGCGACCAUGCCGCUCUCCUCGACGACGCCAGCGACGACGAAGACACCACUCACAGCAAACGACAAACAAUCACUCACUUCGACACAGCAGUCGGCGGCGCCAUAAACGCCAAAGCCCCCAAAAAGGAAGAAAAGGCUCCAUUGGUGAUUUCGGCGCUCGCGAAUCGAGAUUGGAGGGAAGCGAGUAAACGGCAACGAGCGCAGAAAUAUGGCAUUACUGCUGAACAGAUGGAUGCGACGAGUGCAGCGCAGAUUGCGCAGGGAAGUGCGCAAGGAGCAGAUAAAGUGGUUAAAGAGACGGAGGCUGUCAAGUAUGGAUUAAAUGUCUUUGCGCCUAGCUCUGCUGUGCCAGAAGAAAUUGUGGAAGAAGAGCAAGAGGAGGAAACACCACAACAGAAGACUGCAGAGCAACUCGCCAUUGAUGCUCUGACUGGUGCGGCACCAACAUCAACACUCACGAUUCCUUCCGCACAAGUCACGGAAGAAGACGCCUUUGCAUCGUCCUUCCACUCUGCACCUCCCGCUCCUUCGUUAUCAGACUACACCGCCGUCCCUGUAGAAGAAUACGGCGCCGCCAUGCUACGAGGCAUGGGCUGGAAGGGCCCCUCCACGACUCCCUCCGCUCCAACGAAAAACGGCAAGAAGGCCCUUCCACCAGCGAAACGACCUGCAUUGCUGGGUAUCGGCGCAGACCCCAACGCAGCCCAACAAUCCGAGGAACUAGGAGCCUGGGGCAAAGCCUCAUCUCGCAGAGGCAAAGAACCAACAAUGUUCAUUCCAGUCUCUAUGAAGAACAAACGUACUGGCGAAACUUUGACCGAAGAGGAACUCAAGAACAAAAUACGCAGAGAUAAGGAAGAGGCGGAAAACCAGCGUUUCGUGGUCAACGAUUUGGAAAUCAGAGAUAAGAAGAGCACUAGCAGGAGAGAUGACGGCGGCUCAAGGAGAAGAGACGAUUAUUCUGAUGAUGGUGAGGACAGGAGACGAAGGAGAGACAAGGAAAAAGACAGAAAUUACGACCGCCACGACAGAUCGAAAGACCAUCGCGAUCGCAGAGACAAAAGAGAUCGUUCCCGCGACCAUCGAGACAGCAAAAGAGAUACUUCUCGCGAUCGGUACGAGAAGAAGUCUUCAUCGCAUAGAAGAGAACGCUCCAAAGAUAAAGAUUAUGAGAGAAGAGACAGAGAUAAAGAUCACGAACGAAGAGACAGAGACAGAAGGGAUCGAUAUGACGAUGGUUACAAGUCUUCGAGUCGUAGGGAUAGAAGUAGAGAUGGAGGAUAUCGGUCUUCGCGUCGAUAG